AUGUGGUGGUUUCAGUGGGGCGCUGUGUGUUUUUGCCACUAUGACUCGAUAAAUUUUUGUCUCGUUGCACGGCGGAAGUUGCUUGCUCAUCAGACAGUUUCAAAGAUGGCUCUUGCUAGUCUGUUGAACAGUGAUUAUGCGGAUUUUUCAUUUGACAAUUGUCAGCCUUUUCCCUCUGGAUGUGUACCCCGACAAAGUGGGCUAGGAUUUGAUGCUACGCCGGGAGAUGGUCUCAGUUUUUGCGUUCAAAACCAGCUGAGUGCCGGGGACGAGGAUGGCGUCGAGAGAAAAAUAGAGUUCCUGCAUGGAACCACCACUUUAGCUUUUAAAUUCCAGCAUGGAGUCAUUGUUGCGGUGGACUCUCGGGCCACAGCGGGUUCCUACAUUGCCUCACAGACAGUGAAGAAGGUGAUUGAGAUCAAUCCCUACCUGCUGGGUACCAUGGCUGGAGGAGCUGCAGACUGUAGCUUCUGGGAGCGCCUGCUGGCCCGCCAGUGUCGCAUCUACGAGCUUCGCAACAAGGAGCGCAUCUCUGUGGCGGCAGCCUCCAAGCUGCUUGCUAACAUGGUGUACCAGUACAAGGGCAUGGGACUCAGCAUGGGAACCAUGGUGUGUGGCUGGGACAAGAGAGGCCCAGGGCUGUACUACGUCGACUCAGAGGGCAACCGGGUGUGUGGUGACCUGUUUGCUGUGGGCUCAGGCUCCAUGUAUGCUUACGGUGUGAUGGACAGUGGCCUGCGGUACGACCUGUCCGUGGAGGAGGCCUGUGAGCUUGGCCGCCGCGCUAUCUACCAGGCCACGUACCGUGACGCCUAUAGCGGAGGGCAGGUCAACCUCUACCAUGUCCACAGCGAGGGCUGGACCAGGAUCUCCCAGGAUGAUGUGCUCAUGCUGCACCAGCAGUACAAGGAUCAGGCAUAGUCGUGUAAACCGGCACCAGGGAGGGAGGGAGGCAGGCAGGGUUAGGAGUUUAUUCAGUAUCCAGUGUUUAAGAUGUAUUGAAAUGUCGGUAGGCUUGAUGCAUGAAUAAAAAGGACUUAUCUGCUGAUUGAUUUCCACUUGAAUUACUUCUGUUACCCAUUUUGACUUGUUGCUAGCUUAAAGCUUUAUAUUGUACAUUUUAAAAGAUACCAGUGAGCUCCUCUCACCCUACACAGGCUGUGAUUUGAUGGGCUGUGGUGGGGUGAUGACUCAAACAUGCUUUAAUACAGUGUGGGAGUAGUGUGGUGCUUGCCCUACAUACAUUUCAUUUAGAUCAUAACCUGGGAAACUACAUCUUUCUCAAUAAAACCUGUUUUUUUUUCUCCA